AUGCCCAAUGAUAAUAACCAAGAUAAAGAGCCUGGCUUGUUCGUAUCACACAAUGAGAAUAAUGCGUCAGUCGCACAACAGGAAGAUCCCAUUGCUGGAACCAGCAACACAACUACCGGCCAAGUUGAAGAGAAUGCAUCAGCCGAGAGCACCAAUCUACCGCUCAAGAAAUUCAUAGAACCUACAAUCCGGCAUGGCUUGAUGUCCAUUGUGCGGUCCUCGUGGCUCAAUGUGUUACUGGUGUUUAUUCCUUUGGGAUGGGCAUCGCAUUUCGUCUGGAAUCCCACUACGACGUUCAUUCUCAAUUUUGUAGCCAUUGUACCGCUAGCCAAGCUGCUGGGAUUUGCAACAGAGGAUAUCGCUCUGAGAACAGGAGAAGUGAUUGGCGGCCUACUCAAUGCGACAUUUGGCAAUUCCAUUGAAAUGAUCAUCAGUAUCAUCUCGCUGACACAGAACCUGGUUAUUGUGGUGCAAGCAUCUAUGCUGGGCUCCAUCCUAUCCAACAUCCUAAUUGUGCUGGGCAUGAGCUUUUUUUGUGGCGGUCUCAGGUACAAGGAGCAAAGGUUCAACAUCACUGCAGCACAGACAUCUGCCUCGCUGCUGUUCAUCUCGGUUGUGUCACUACUACUACCAGCUGCAUUUUACGGAUCUACAGUCAAUGCAGAGACAGCAGCGAAGGAGAGGUCAGACAUUUUGAAUAUUUCUAGAGCAACGUCCAUCAUUCUGCUGAUCAUCUACUUUGCGUAUUUGGUCUUUCAGUUUUUGCAAGUCCCUGUAGAAGCAUUCAAGGUCGAGCGUCAAGUGUCUCGCAUCAAGCUGUUCAACAACAACAACAACAAUGCAAAUGCCAGGGAUGAAGAGUGUAUUGCACCCGAGACGCCUGUAGAGCGUGAGCAAGCGAAAGGGGAUGAAGAGGAAGAGAGCCCAUCCAUGCCCUGGUGGAUGGCCGUUCUAUUGCUUUUGAUUAUCACUGCAUUCGUUGCUGUCUGUGCCGAGUUUUUGGUGCCUGCCAUUGAGCAAGUGGUUGAGCAAUGGCACAUUAGCGAGACAUUUGUGGGGCUCAUUCUACUACCCAUUGUCGGAAAUGCAGCAGAGCAUGUUACAGCUGUCACUGUAGCGUAUAAGAACAAGAUGGAUUUAGCAUUAGGAGUAGCUGUUGGGUCAAGCAUGCAAGUUGCAUUGCUGGUGAUGCCCAUCAUGGUCAUCAUAGGAUGGGGUAUUGGCGUAGACAUGAGUUUGUUUUUCAAUGUGUAUGAAACAGCCGUGCUAUUUGCGUCUGUCAUUCUAGUAAAUUAUUUCAUCGUGGGUGGGCAAGAGUAA